ACGCCCCAGACGACGCCGAAGUGCUAGAGUAGCGAGACUCACGUACAGCGUCUGUAGUUGGUGUGUUAUAAUCCCGAAAAUCCCGUGAAAAAAAUCCAUCAAAAAAUCUCCCGGACACGUUUCUGGACUGCAAUCGUCACCUAAUCAAUCUUCCAAGGCCAAAAAAUGAGUAAAUCCAAGGAUUCGCCAGUCAAUGAGACCGAGACUGAGGAGGAGUUCAGUGUUGAGAAGGUUUUGGACAGGCGAAUGAGAAAUGGAAAGGUCGAGUACUUCCUGAAGUGGAAAGGUUACUCGAACGAUGAGAACACGUGGGAGCCGGAGGAGAAUCUCGAUUGUCCAGAUCUGAUCGCUCAGUUUGAGGAGCAGCGCAAGAAGAAGGAGGCUGCCAGUGGCAAACAUCGUGAGGAGAAGGAGUCCAAGAAGAGAAAGAGUUCCAGUACACCAACUCCAACACAGCCAAAGAAAAAGAGUGUUGACGAUAAGAAAUUGGAAGGCUUUGACAGAGGUUUAGAACCCGAGAGAAUCAUCGGUGCAACUGACUCAAGCGGUGAGCUCAUGUUCCUCAUGAAAUGGAAAGGCACUGACGAUGCAGAUCUCGUGGCAGCACGUGUUGCUAACGAAAAGUGUCCCCAAAUCGUUAUCAAAUUCUACGAGGAGAGACUCACGUGGCACAGUCCCACGCACGACGAGGAGGGCUCCAACAAGCCCGACCCAGAGUAGCCCUCAGCCUUCCCAUACACCUACACAGCUCGUUUUAAGAUUUGUCAUAUCUAGGGAUUCCUCAGAAAAAACAGACUCAUAAUAAACGACAUCUAAAUAUUAGCAGUAAAACCUUCAAAGUAAAUAACUAAUUACUAAAGUAAAAAAAAAAUAAACGUUGAAUUAUCUUUAAAGAGGGUUUGAGCCCAGAAAAUCAGCUGAUUACAAUUUUUAUGAGUGGAGCAGACAAGAUUGGAGGGAUGGAAAACGGUAUAUCGAUAUUUUUUUUACCAGUUAAUAAUAAAACAAAAAGGAUGAAAGUAGAUUUAAGGAGUCAUUUCUGAAUGACACUUCGAUAAAUUUCAAAAGAAUCGUUCAGUUAAGGAGUUUGUUAACGAAUUAAGUCGAAUUAUCUCGUUAAUGAGUCAUUCUAUGAGGAAUUGUCACGUCCUUUUGUAGUUAACAAAGUUUCCUGCAAAAUAGAUCUGACUUUUUCCCUUGAAAUUACUCUUUACAGAAAUAAUUUGAUCAUUAACGAAUCAUUAAUAAAGAUUGUAUUAUCUCUUUCGAUCACUAAUAAAGAUUGAAUCAUCUUCCUCGAGAUAAA